CGCGAAGCACUUCUUGUGAAACAGAAAAACAGCACAUCUCGAAUACAAGCGUCAUGGGUUGCGAGAAGUGUGCCGGCGGCUGCACCUGCGGCGCCAGCUGCCAGUGUGCAGCUGAUUGCCACUGCAAGACCUGCGGCAAGCCUGAGGACACCUGCGCCUCUUGUGCCAGCGGUUGCACCUGCGGUGAGAACUGCGCAUGUGGCCCCACAUGUACCUGUGCCACAUGCCCCAAGAAGAAGACCACUGCAUGAGUUCCUCUGGACACAUCUGUAACAUAUUUUCAAGCCCGCAGCAAGUCUGCAUUCAGAGUUUGAUGUUGAAGGUCCAAUAUCUGUGCUGUGCUGUGCCAAAGCAAGACAGCCUUGAAUGCAUGAAAAGUAUGGGAAUGGCAACUUGGGAGGACUUAUCCUUUUGUAGAGGCUAUGCAGCAGAAAGAAGUUACUAUGAUGGUCCGCUGUCCAAGGGCUGCAUGAUGGCUAUGCAUGCAGAAUACUGUCAGCCAAUAAUCUGCAUGUCACCGGAUUCCUUGUUUUGUAUUUCUUGCUAAAAUGCAUGUGUGGUGUAAUUACCUUCUGGAG